GAUCAAUGUAAUAACUGCAGGAUGGACUUUAUUCAACAUAACUAAAAAGACGGAACAGACAGACAAGACGUCCCUGUUCUAUGCUGAUCAGAAACACUGGGUUCCCGAGGAUGAUGUCAGGGUUUUCACUGUCUGCGGUGUGUGUGGCGGUGCUCUUUUCCUUGGGGCGAUGCCAGAACGGAUGCUUGGUCCAGGACGGAACACCAGGAGCGCAAGGAACUCCAGGCCGGGAUGGGCGACAAGGAGCAAAGGGAGAAAAAGGAGAGCCAGCACUGCAGCUGGAUGCGGGGUUGCCCCAUGGACUGAAAGGGAGGAAGGGGAGCCGGGGGAUCCCCGGGGACAUGGGGCCUAAAGGCUUAAGUGGAGACCUGGGACCUGAGGGUCCCUCUGGGCCCCCUGGCCCCCCUGGCCCUGCAGGGAGGGGCGGGGACCAAUCCCAUCAACACCGCGCGGCCUUCUCCGUGUCCCGGACAGACAUCUCCUACCCCCCCUACAAACAAACCCUGACCUAUAACUCCGCCAUCACCAGCAGCAACCUGAUCAGUUUGAACUCUGGAAUGUUCACCUGCAGCAUACCUGGAGUCUACUACUUCGUCUUCCACUCAGAGGCCAAGGUGGGCAUGUGUCUGUAUCUGAAAAGUGACGCCCUGGGAGAGAGGAUGCUAGGUUUCUGUGACUACAACAACAGAGCCACUACCCAGGUUCUGUCAGGAGGUGUGGUGUUGGACCUAUCACGCGGCAACAAGGUGUGGCUGGAGCCGUUUAAAGACGAGCAGCCGGAGAAUGUGAAGGAAGACAAGAAGGACAAGAAGAUCGUGUUCAACGGCUUCCUGCUCUUCCCCACCGGGAAGUGAUGUCAUAACGCCAUGCAGUGACCUCGUCACAUGAGCUGUCCCUGGGAACCAACCAUUACUAACACUGUUCUAUACUGAUCUAUACUGUUCUAUACUGAUCUAUACUGUUCUAUACUGAUCUAUACUGUUCUAUACUGAUCUAUACUGUUCCAUAAGGUUCUAUACUUUUCUAUACUGAUCAUCUAUACUGAUCUAUACUGAUCGACACUUUUCUAUUCUGUUCUAUACGGAUCUACACUUUUCUAUACUGUUCUAUACCGAUCUAUACUGAUCUAUACUGUUCUAUACUGAUCUAUACUGAUCUAUACGGUUCUAUACUGUUCUAUACUGAUCUAUACUGAUCUCUACGGUUCUAUACUGAUCUCUACGGUUCUAUACUGAUCUCUACGGUUCUAUACUGAUCUCUACGGUUCUAUACUGUUCUAUACUGAUCUAUACUGAUCUAUACGGUUCUAUACUGAUCUAUACUGAUCAAUACUGUUCUAUACUGUUCUAUACUGAUCUAUACUGUUCUAUACUGUUCUAUACUCAUCUAUACUGUUCUAUACUCAUCUAUACUGUUCUAUACUGUUCUAUGCUGUUCUAUGCUGUUCUAUGCU